AUGUCUACAUCCCGCACCACGGUUAGAGGUGGGGCUCCUUAUCAGGUGCACAUGCGCAGCUGGCCCGAGAACUACAUUUCCCAGGAGGCUUUGCCAGCCCAGGAGCGAGUCGGGGGCGGAGUCGUUAAACGUCACAUCCGCUCGUUGCGUUCGUUCUCGGGAGUCCUCCGCUGGCUGGAGGUUACCUCGGCCGUGCUCUGCCCUGAGCCGCCGCUGGAGCCCAAGCCCCGCAUUCCGUGCGCUCCGCCUUCCCCUGAGCCUGCCCUGGCCCCCGAGGAGAAGAUGGCCCCUGGGCCCCUGGCAGCUGGGCCCCAGGAAGCUGUGACCUUUAAGGAUGUGGCUGUGAGCUUCAACCAGGAAGAAUGGAUGUAUCUAAACUCUUCUCAGAAAGAGUUUUAUAGGGAUGUAAUGCUGGAAAACUAUAGGAACCUAGUCUUUCUGGGACUUGCAUUUUCCAAACCAUAUGUCAUCUACCAACUAGAGCGAAGAGAAGCGCCAUGGAUGCCAGAGGGAGACAUCCCAAGAAUUAGGCAUGCAGAUUUGGAAACUCAGGAAGAAUCUAAGGAGCCCACUCCAAAACUGAGCAUUUCAGUGGAACAGUCAUCACAGGAAAUACUCCAAAGGGAUAGUCUCCUCUUUUCCCCACUGAGAGAACCCAAGAAAUCUGGUGCUAUGCAACAGAGUCAUCUGACCAAUGAAGAAGAGAAUUUCUGGCAAAAAAUUCAUACUGGUGAGAAACCCUAUAAAUGUAAUGAAUGUGGGAAGGCCUUCUGCAGGCGCUCAAACCUUACUGAGCAUCAGAGAAUUCAUACUGGUGAGAAACCUUAUAAAUGUAAUGAAUGUGGGAAGGCCUUUCAACUAAAAGGACAUCUUAAUGAACAUCAGAAAAUCCAUAGUGGUGAGAAACCCUAUAAAUGUAAUGAAUGUGGGAAGGCCUUCUGCCAUCGCACAUACCUUACUAAACAUCAGAAAAUUCAUAGUGGUGAGAAACCUUAUCAAUGUAAUGAAUGUGGCAAGGCCUUCUGCAAGCGCUCUAACCUUACUGAACAUCAGAGAAUUCAUACCGGAGACAAACCUUAUGAAUGUAUUGAAUGUCAGAAAGCCUUUAGCCAGAAACUAAAACUUUUUCAACAUCAGAGAAUUCAUACUGGUGAGAAACCUUAUGAAUGUAAUGAGUGUGGGAGGGCCUUCUGUCUGAGUACAACCCUUACUGAACACAAGAGAAUUCAUACUGGUGAGAAACCUCAUGAAUGUAUUGAAUGUGGGAAGGCCUUCCGACUAAAAGCACAGCUUAAUCAACAUCGAAGAAUUCAUACUGGGGAAAAACCGUAUAAAUGUAAUGAAUGUGGGAAGGCUUUCUGUAAGCAAUCAAACCUUACUGAUCAUCAGAAAAUUCAUACUGGAGAGAAGCCUCAUGAAUGUAUUGAGUGUGGGAAGGCCUUUAGCCAGAAAAUAAAACUCACUCAACAUCAGACAAUUCAUACUGGUGAGAAACCUUACGAAUGUAACGAAUGUGGGAAAGCCUUCCGUCUGAGCACAGGACUUGCUGAACACCAGAGAAUUCAUACUGGAGAGAAACAUUAUGAAUGUAAUGAAUGUGGGAAGACCUUCCGUCUAAAAGCACAACUUAGUCAGCACUGGAGAAUUCAUACUGGAGAGAAACCUUAUGAAUGUGAUGAAUGCGGAAAGGCCUUUGGACAUAGGUCAGGACUUACUCAACAUCAGAAAAUUCAUACCGGAGAAAAACCUUAUGAAUGUGAUGAAUCGCCCUUCCAGUGGCAGCUCGGGGAGACACACUACGGCCUUUCCCGAUCGGGACCCGCGUGGGAAUCCUACGCUGGCAGACGGUCGCUUCUUCUCCGUUCUGCCCUGAGCCGCUUCCAGAGCCCGAGCCCCGCGGCCCAAGCUGCGGUAAGCGGGAAACCCAAAGACGGGCCUGGGCGAGCGAGGAACGCCCAGCCCCCGAAGCCUUGUUCGGAAGGUUCGCGGGUGGGAGGAGAACCCUGGGCACCUUCUCUGGCGCCAGCCCCUCCCCCUUCGCGAGUCGAGGCGCCCAUUGGACGUGGGGGGCGUGGCUUGGAGCCAACGGGCGGGCGCAGCCUCCCGGCCCCGCCCCCGGAGGCGGGCCCUGCCUUGGGCGGGGUCGGGCGGGCACGAAGUGGAGGUGUGGUGCUCCCUGGAGGCUCCGCGGUCUCUCCGGGCCCUCCUACGCUCCGCUCCGCUCCGGCUGCCUCUGGGCCGCAGCUCUUUCCUCCCUUGGCCGACACGGGCUGUGUGAUCCCGGGCGAGUCCUCCGGCCCUCCUGGAUCAGGCCGAGCCCCGCGUUUCUCCGCUGCCCUUGUGGGCGGGGACCGGAGGCGGGAGCCUGGCCCGAGGGGGGAGGAGGGGCGCAGAGCUGAGCUCGGACCCAGGGUCCAGGCCCUCCCCAGCCGAAGGGCUCUCCCUUGUGCUGGGCUGGCCCGGGAGGCGCCCCCGCGGGAGGGGCAGGCAGUGGCGGCGGCACCGCGGGGAAGGAGGAGCCUUGAGCGAGAUGUUGGGGGCACCUUGGCAGCCGGGGCAGCCCCAGGCUGA